AUGCCGCCGGACCGGGGUCGUGCCUCCCGAGCAUGCACCUCAUGCAGAAAACAAAAGACCAGAUGCUAUGAGGCCGGAAUUCCGGGACGAGCAUGUAUGCGAUGCGAUCGGCUUCACCAGAGUUGCUCACUCAUCCAAAUUAUUGCAUCAGACGAGGAAUCUGUAGCCCCCGCGCUAGGCACGGAUGCUCGUUUGGAACGUCUUGAGAAGACCGUGGCUACUCUACUCGAUCGGCUUGGAGAAGGCCCAGCAAAAACUCCAGGCCAUGAGUCAAGUAGGCCUACCACCGCACAGGCGAGCCCGGGUUCUGGCGGUGCGUAUAAGGGCACGGAGUCUUCCGCGGCUCCGAUCAUGGUCAUUCGUGAUCUAGCAACCGACAGCGACAUCAAACCAGUGUCCGAUCCCAGAUCUCUGGGGGCCGUUUUGGAUGAACUGAUUUCGCCCGAUCUCGCACUUACGCUGAUCACAAUUUUCCUUGAAUAUUAUGGUAGAUGGGUUCUCUUCGAUCCCGAGUGUGAGCCGAACGAGCUUCUCUGCCGAGUGAAAAAAUCGAGCUUGCUAUUCUGCGCCUGUUCUCUGAUCGCUGACUUGGCUGCAAACCUCGCUCCGAAAUUGUAUGAGUAUGCCCGUUCUCUAGCUUCCACCACUCUUCUAGUUGCUCCACAGCCCAUUGAAUUCUUCCAGGCCACCCUGGUCCUGUCUAUGUGGUCGACGACUGUCGGACAGGUGCCUCUGAGUAUUGAUAGCUGGCUUCUGAGCGGGUUCGCUCUACAACACUCCCAUUCAAGUCCACUGUUUACUGCUGUCACGACUCAAUCUCAUCCUCCAAAUAUAUUGGAUGAGGAAACUAUGGGUAAUUGCUACCUAUGGAAUCAUCUCUGUCUUGCUCAUAUGCAUUAUUGUGUUGGCACUAGCCGUCGAUCAAUGCUACAGCCCUGGCAAAUCGAGCGAUGUCGUGCUAUCAUUAAUUCAGAUCAUGCGAUAAAUUUUGAAGUUCGCAUGGUGGCUGAGAUUUAUCUUUACUGGGCUGUAUAUGAGCAUCUCAUUCAGGAAUCGGUUGAUUUGUUGAAAUCCGUGGCAGCUUUGCAGACCUGGCGACGAAAAUGGGAAUUUGUUCUCGAGCAACCGAGAUCUCAGUUUCUUUCAAUGGGCUUCCAUUUCUGCCACCUGCUUCUGUACGAGCAUGCCCUGAAAGCCAAGUCUUCCCGAGCCCGGGAAUCAGUCGUGUCGGAGAUGAUUCGCCAUUCCACGGCAAUAGUGCAACUAGCCAUGGAUACAGUAGAUGAACGCACCCGCCAUUUGACCGAUCACAUCUACCACAUGAUCACCUUUGCGGCGAUUGUCAUCUGUCGCCUAUUGAAUGCGUACCAAGAACAGGUUGCCACGACUCACAACAUCGACGAGCUUGAAUUACUCGUACGUGACCUAGUUCAGUGGCUGUACUGCAUUGGGCUGCCAUGCCAUGCAGCGCAUACUUUGGGGAAUAUCAUCGCGAAGGUGCAUCAAAAAUUACGACCGCACGUCGAGCUACCACCAGCAAAUCCACAACCAGACGAGCUACUUGGCGAACUUAACAAUUACUAUUUCCCGGAAUUUCUUGGAUUGGGGAUGUCGGCUGACGGGAAUUGGGAUCUUCUGUCCAAUAUGGGCCUCUUUCCGGAAAGCUCAUCUAUCCCAGGGAGACCUGACUAA